UAACGAUUUGUAGCGGUACGACCGAUGGUCGCGCCAUCUAAGUUACUAGAAGGCUAGGGAACCACGCUAGCAAGUGUGGUCACCAGACGAGUACAGUCUGUGCGUAACCGUUGAGAAGUGUACAAGAAAGAAAAGCAAGUCGCAUCCGUUAAAUAAAAAUCAUAAAACAAAAUUCAGUCUAAUAUUAUCUUUACUAUAGAGAAACCCUCUACAGAUUCUUUUAAAUACACUCCACCUAUUUUUACUGCAUUAUUUGAAAUCAAUUCCAGGGAACAAACUGUUUAGAAAUUCCUAGCCGGUGGUAGGCUUGUAUUUAAAUCACUGGAAGAACGAACUUCAUUGUUUUCAAUAGUUUUCCUAUAGGUACAUAACCUUAAAUUUCAUAAAAUUUUGAUAGACAAACAUUAUUUAUAAGUCGAUAAAAAUGAAUAUAAAUUCAACAAAAAAUGCAUUGCGUUCAAUUUGUAAAUUAUUGUUCAGGAAAACAUCACCCGUUGUGUGCUUGACUCCAUUAUUUACCAAUGACUCGUCACAGAAUGAUGCAGAAAUUACAAAAGAAAAUAAAUUAAAAUUACCGGAUGUACAAACUAUGACAUAUAGUUAUAUGGUAAAACAGUCAACUUUAAAAGCAAUUAACAAUGCUUCUGAACUUUUAACUAUUACAUUUUUAGCAAUAGAAAGUACCAGUCAAGAGUACAGGACAUCAUUAACAAAGUUAAUAAACCUUCAUAAAGAGUCUAUAAAUAGUGACAUCAUUGAUUUGCAUGAAGACGCAAUGGUUCAAAUUAGAGAUGAAAUACAAAAAAAACAAGAUAUGCUUAUGCAACUUGUUAGUUUUAUGGAUUCUGUACGUAAAAUGGCAGAUUCAGCUACAGAAAUAUGUUAUACAUAUGGAAUGGAUAAUUUAUGUUCUAGCCUUAGUCAAAGGAUAGACGAUGCAAUUAAAAAUAUGGACAAAGAAAUAUAUAAUAAUAAAAAAUUAGAACAAGAAUUCAACUAUGUACAACAGCAAUAUAUAAUUAAUGCUGAUAAAGAUUGAAAAAUAUAAACAAUUAGGAGUGUUCCUAUCGAAAGAAAAAUUA